GUACCAUUUGAUAAACACGAUUUAUGUGGGUAACAUUGGUUUUUAGGGAUGAUGUUGUAAGAAAACAUAAAAUGGAGCCGUGGUUAACUUCCACGUGUCGAAUCCUGUGAAUAGCGAUGGUUAGACCGCUUGACACACCGAUCAAAGUCGUUAGCCCUCCCACCUAAGCACGCGUGCAGGCAGUGUUGCAUGUCACCCAGUCAUACACAGCCAUUGCAGUUCACCUGUAUAACCCACGUUCAGAACCCCCUUAAAUCUGCCCUUGCUGUCUCAGGAAAUCCCCUCGGAGUGGCACUUGGAGCUGACAAUGGACAGAGGGAUACCAGUGGAGCUGUGGGCACAUUACAUACGCCAGGUCAACGCUGCCCAGAGGAUCGCUGUGGAGGACUCAGUGUUACUCGUGUUUGCACUGAAAAACUUUAUUCAUGCACUCAAGGCUCCUAAAUCUUUUCCUAAAGGUGACGUGUGGUGGGAUCCUGACCGGCUGGAGGAGGACAGCAGGGACUAUCUGCACCUGCUCGCCGGGCUCUUCGAGACGGUGCUCAGAGGGGCCGACGCGGUCCACUUCAGGGUUCUCAUGAAGCUCUUCAUAAAGGUACGAGGCUCAUCGUUUGCAGACACACUCUCCCUUUAAGAUGUUGCAGAUGAU